AUGGCCAGGAAAAAGCUCUUUGGGGAAGUGGCAUUUGAGCAGAUACCUGGACGAAGUGACAGCUUCCACACAGAGACCAGAAUCCAGGCUGGUGUGAUGGUCAGAGGAAUGUCAGAGCUCCCUGGGAAACAUCAGAGCACCCUGGCUGAAUGGGGGCGGCAGCAGGAGGCUCUGGGCCUCCCUGCCCUUAAUCACCCCCAGCCCCCUUCCUGGGAAUGGGCUUGGGGCCUGUCGAAGAGCCAUCCAGCUGUCAACCCCACCCCAGCUGGCCAGUUAAUGAGUGAUCAGGGCCCUGGCGCGGCCUAUAAAGAGCUCCUCACGGGGGAAGUGGGUUGGAGUCGGUGGACAGCGGCAGUAGGCUACAGACAGAGCAAGAUGCACAGCAGCCUGGUGUCAGGGCUGCUGCCCGCGGUGGUCCUCCUCCUGCUGUUGCAGGACACACACUCAGUCUACAUUCAGUACCAAGGCUUCCAGGUCCAGCUGGAAUCAGUGAAGAAGCUUAGUGACCUGGAGGGGCAGUGGGGGCCCAAAUCCUACCCCCAGACCCGGAGCCUUGCGCCCUCCGUGUGUCACCACCCGGCCCUGCCGCCGGACCUGCAGCCGGUCUGCGCAUCCAAGGAAGCUGACAGCGUCUUCAAGGACUUGAAGAGCAUCGCUAAGGACAACUGUGAGCUGUGUGUGAAUGUCGCCUGCACUGGCUGCCUCUGA